CAGUGUUUUAAUUCGGAGAAUUCUGUACCUACCUUGUAUAUUGAAAUAACUGACCCCGACGAAUAGCGUUUUAGAAAUGAAGAAGUUUGAGCAAAUGCAAAAUUAUCUAAAAAACUCCUUCGAAAAGCCAUCACUGGUCACAAUGGUGUUAACAUCUAUAAGCUUUUACAUUUUAAUGUUCAUCGGUUACUUUACCCAAGCUGUAUUUCCACGAAAGAUCUGUGGAAGGUACAAUCGUCAAGGAUACCCGGAACUUUACGAUAGAUUUACGCACUUCUUCUCUCGAUAUGUACACAGACGAAUGGGAGACUGUUGGGAAUAUCCCAUCUGCAGCUCUCCUGGAGCGGAACUAGUGUUUAAGGAACGAAUUACCGAGGACAACGGGUGGACUUUUAAAUUUACAGGGAGGAAGAGGAAAUGUAUCAACCUCGGAUCUUACAAUUAUCUUGGAUUCUCCGACAAGUCAGGGUACUGCACUGAGAUGGCGAUUAAAGCGCUACAUACUUAUGGAAUCUCAACAGGUGCUACAAGGGAACGGUACGGGAAUAAUGAAAUUAACAACGAGUUAGAAAAGCUGACUGCUGAGUUUGUGGGUACAGAAGAUGCGGUCGCGUUAGGUAUGGGUUUUGCAACAAAUUCGUUGAACAUUCCGGCUUUGGUAUCGGGAGGGUGUCUGAUCAUAAGCGACGAAAAGAAUCAUGCAUCUAUAGUUUUAGGUGCCCAAGUGUCAGGUGCUACUGUUCGAGUAUUUCGUCACAAUGAUUUGGAGGAUUUAGAAGAUAAAUUAAAAGCCGCCGUUUAUUAUGGACAACCCAUCAAGGAGAAUAAUAAUAAUCAUGUACCUUGGAGAAAAAUUUGUAUCAUUGUCGAAGGUAUAUAUAGUAUGGACGCGAGCAUUGUGCCUUUACCAGAAAUAAUUGCGCUGAAGAAGAGGUACAAGGCAUAUUUGUAUUUGGACGAAGCACAUAGCAUAGGAGCCUUAGGACCAUCAGGCAAGGGCGUUGUGGAGUACUUUGGUUGUAAUGCCAGAGAUGUCGAUCUUUUAAUGGGAACCUAUGCUAAGAGCUUUGGAUCUGCUGGAGGAUAUAUUGCCGGUUCUAAAGAGUUAAUAUCACUAUUACGGCAAACAUGUUCCGCCACGAAGUACGCUUCUUCAAUGUCACCCCCUGUUGCCGCUCAAGUGAUUGCGGUAUUACAAAUAUUACUGGGAAAAGAUGGUACCAAUUUAGCUAAAAAUCGCCUUAAAACACUGGCCAUCAAUACGCAAUACGUUAGACGAAGGUUAGCCCAAACUGGAGUAAUCAUUUACGGACAUCAAGAUGCACCAGUGGUGCCUAUCCUUCUUUAUCGUUAUUCUAAGAUAGCGUCGACAGUUCGUGCAUUGAUCCAACGUAACGUAGCCGUUCCAGCCGUGGGAUACCCGGUGACGCCGAUUCUUGAAUCUCGAAUGCGUUUGUGUAUAUCCGCUACACACACCAAAGAGCAACUUGAUUACGCAUUGGCUGCGAUUGAAGAAGUCUCCGAUGAAAUGGGCUUAAAACAUUUGAGAUUACCCAGACAUUUGAAACCAGUUGUGUAUGAAGAUAUUGCUAUAAACCUUUAAAAAGACUCCUAAUAUGUAUGAUAACUAACUUAUUUGUCGUUUCCAACAAUAAUCUUUGGAAAAAACAAACAUCUUGUUGCUAAUUUCAAUGGAAAUUAAAUCUUACGGUUCAGAAUGCA